AUGGGACAUAAACAAAUGUUCAACACAUCUCAAUACUUUGAGAUAGAGCAGGACUGGAGCCAUGGCCACCCAGCUUCUGGACAAUCCUAUGUCCAUAUGGGAAGGGCAGUCUCUCAGGAAAAUGGUUCUUUUUUCUCAUCCGAUCAAUCCUAUUUCAACAAGUCAGAAGGUCCACAAGUUUACACUCCCAUUUCUGGCCCCCCACAUGAUGUGUUCCCUCACUUUUCAGCUGGUGGAAACUUUUAUCCUCCUCCAGAGCUCAAUUAUGCCCAGGUUCAUUCUAAUCAAUACAACAGGCAUGGUAUCCAUGUAGUUGAGGGUGGUUUACUUGAUCAAACAACGAGCACGGGAAGAGGGCCAUUCAAAAGAAAAGGCACUGGUGUUUCUACAUCGCGGGAAAGAGGCGGCACCAGCGGUAUCUACAGUGCAGGAAGUACCUCCAAUUCUUUUGAACUUCACCAUGAGAAACCAACUUCAGAUUAUAGAAAUAACUUUGACUCUUCUGGUUUACCUCCCUACAUGAGUAGCAGCCUGUCAAUUGGGUGUGAAGAUUCUCCAAGGAAUGUGAGAAGCAGGUCUCGACUUGAUUUGGAGCCCAACCCAAGGAGAACUCAUUUAUUAAGUUACUCGUCCCAUCCUUUUUCUUCAACAUCUCAUCUCCGAAACCAUCCUGGGCCGGUGGAUGCUUCUAACUUAAAUGCUGAUAUAACUGCUUAUGAGCAACCAUAUUGGUAUUCCUCCUCCUGCACAUGGGAGGUUUCAUACUUAAGGCUAGUUUAA